AUUUUGAUUGGAGGGAGCAGAAAGAAGACGGAGGUGAGAGUUAAAACAACACUUCGUCAGGUCCGUGUUCACUUCCACGGGCUCUGCUGUGUUGUGGACCGGGUCCGGGAGGGUCGGACUGCCGGUUCUCAAGGCUUCCCGGGAAUCCGCCGCAUUGGCGCAGCACCGCCGGACAGCUGGAGUGGAGGAGACCGAGGUGUUCCCGCGAUGACAGCUGAAUGAUGCGCGACAGCAGUUACACGUGUGUUAUAAACACAACAACAAACAGACCAAACCGCAGAAGAAGAAAGGCCUGGAUCCGUCUGGAUUAGGCGUCAGGGAGGCCAGAUCUCGACUGUUUGAUCCAGAAGACAGUGAUGGAGGAGUGAUGCAGUGAGUGUGGUGGACAGAGAGAGGAGACUCAGGUGUGUCUACAGGUGACAUCACCAUAAUCCAGGACAGAUAAAGAGACAGCUUCAGUGAUCCGUAUCCUGCAGAACAUGGAGGGGAAGUGCUUAUGUUUCUGUAUGAAUAACCAAUUUUUGUCUUAGCUUGCUCACAGGCAGUGUUCUGUUAGACUGGUAACACUGGGACCAGUGUCUGCGAUGUCUCCGGCUCCUGGUAACUUCAUGAAUUUACCGACUUCAGACCAGAACAUGAGUGAUUGUGUGAAGGAAGAGGAGGAAAGAUCAGAGUCUCCAGGAUCCAGCUGUCCGUCUCAGAAGAGUGAUCAGUCCAAACUUGAACCUCCAGACUUCAGUAAUGAACCUGGACCCUCAAACACAAAAGUUCAGUCCAACAGACAGAGAUCAGAACCUCCAGGAUCCAGCUGUGAGUCUCUGAAGAGUGACUGGUCCAAAGAUCUUCUUCCUCCAGUCUUCAGUGCUGAACCUGGACCCUCAGACCCAAAGAAGAGAAGACUUGACUCUGAGAGGAAGCAGCCGUCCUGCUGUGUUUGGUGUCAGGACGUCCUGAAGGAUCUGGUCUCUACCAGCUGUGGACACUGGUUCUGCAGACGCUGCAUCACCUCAGACUUGGUUCAGUCUACUUCACCAGGAGACUCCUCCUGUCCCCAAUGUGGAGUGAAUGUUGGUCUGCAGGAGGUUUUAGAUGAACAUAAGAUCAGUCUGAGGAGGAGAUGUGAACGUGUGACUGAAGGAAGUGAAGAAAAGAGAAGUGAUGGAACAGGAAGUGGAACCCUCCUCAACAGGAUCUACACUGAGCUCUACAUCACAGAGGGACAGAGUGAAGAGGUUAAUACCCAACAUGAGGUGAGGCAGCUAGAGACAGCUUCCAAGAAGAAGACCUCCAGUGAAACUCCAAUCAGGUGCUGCGACAUCUUUAAAGCCUCACCUGACCAACAAAGGCACAUCAGAGUCGUUCUGACCAGCGGCGUGCCUGGCGUUGGAAAAACCUUCUCGGUGCAGAAGUUCACUCUGGACUGGGCAGAGGGCUCCGAAAACCAAGAUGUCAGUCUGCUGGUUCUGCUGUCGUUCAGGGAGCUGAACCUGAUCAGAGAUGAGCAGUACAGUCUUCUCAGGCUGCUCCAUGUUUUCCAUCCAACAUUACAGAAGGUGACAGCAGAGAAGCUCGCUGUCUGUAAACUUCUCUUCAUCUUUGACGGCCUGGAUGAAAGCAGACUUUCACUGGAUUUCAACAACCGUGAGGUCGUGUCUGAUGUCACACAGGAGUCAUCAGUCAGCGUGCUGCUGACAAACCUCAUCCAGGGGGAGCUGCUUCCCUCGUCUCUCGUCUGGAUCACUUCCCGACCCGCAGCGGCCAAUCAGAUCCCUCCUUCCUGUGUCGACAGGGUAACUGAAGUACGAGGCUUCACUGACGUCCAGAAGGAGGAGUACUUCAGGAGGAGGUUCAGUGAUGAAGAUCUGUCCAGCAGAAUCAUCUCACAUAUCAAGACCUCCAGGAGCCUCCACAUCAUGUGUCUGAUCCCAGUCUUCUGCUGGAUCACUGCUACAGUUCUGGACCACAUGUUGACUACAGACCAGAGAGGAGAGCUGCCCAAGACCCUGACUGACAUGUACUCACACUUCCUGCUGGUUCAGACAAAGAGGAAGAAGCAGAAGUACGAUGAGGGACGUGAGACGAGUCCACAGGAGCUGACGGAGGCUGACAGGGAAGUUCUUCUAAACCUGGGGAGGCUGGCGUUUGAACAGCUGGAGGAAGGAAACAUCAUGUUCUACCAAGAAGACCUGGAACGCUGUAGUCUUGAUAUCACAGAGGCCUCGGUGUACUCAGGAGUUUGUACAGAGAUCUUCAGAAGAGCGAGUGAGAUCUUCCAGAAAACAGUCUACUGCUUUGUUCAUCUGAGCGUUCAGGAGUUUCUGGCUGCAGUCUACAUGUUCCACUGUCACACCAACAGGAACUCUAAGGUCCUGGGGGACUUCCUGAGAGGAAAUAUUCCCUUAUCCCUGGAUGACUUUCUCAGCAGAGCCAUGGAGAAAUCCCUCACAAGUGAAAAUGGCCACUUGGACCUGUUUGUUCGGUUCCUUCAUGGCCUCUCUCUGACGUCCAACCAGAGACUCUUAGCAGGCCUGCUGGGUCAGACAGACAGCAGUCCAGAUACCAUCCAGAGAGCCAUCAACAACCUGAAGAAGAUGAACAGUUAUAAGAUCUCUCCUGACAGAAGCAUCAACAUCUUCCACUGUCUGACGGAGAUGAAUGACCACUCAGUCCAUCAGGAGAUCCAAGAGUUCCUGAAGUCAGAGAAGAGAUCAGAGAAGGAACUCUCUGCGAUCCACUGCUCAGCUCUGGCCUACAUGCUGCAGAUGUCAGAGGAGGUUCUGGAUGAGUUGGACACAGAGAAGUACAACACAUCAUGGGAAGGAAAACAGAGACUGAUUCCAGCUGUGAGGAACUGCAGAAAGGCUCGAUUUAAUAACUGUGGACUCUCAGAGACUCACUGUGAAGUCGUGGCCUCAGCUCUGAAGUCCAACCCCUCCUAUCUGACAGAGCUUGACCUGAGUCGCAACAACCUGCAGGAUUCAGGAGUGAAGCUGCUGUCGGCUGGACUGCAGAGUCCAAACUGUAGACUGGAGACUCUGAGAUUGAGGGACUGCAGUUUGUCAGAGAUCAGCUGUGUUUCUCUGGCCUCAGCUCUUAAGUCCAACCCCUCCUGUCUCAGAGAGCUGGACCUGAACUACAACAAGCUGCACGAUUCAGGAGUCAAGCUGCUGUGUGAUUUUCUGCAGAGUACACACUGUGGACUGGAGAUUCUGAGAUUGGAAUGCUGCUGGUUGUCAGUGAUCAGCUGUGACUCUGUGGCUUCAGCUCUGAAGUCCAACCCCUCCCAUCUGAGAGAGCUGGACUUGAGUGGAAACCAGCUGCAGUAUUCCGGAGUGAAGCUGCUGUCUGAUCUGAAGGAGAGUCCAAACUGUAGACUGGAGACUCUGAGAGUCUGAUUGAUGAGGAAGGUAGAGGUGUUGAGAGGAUCACCUGUGUCCUGAUGAUCCAGCGAGGUUGAAGCAGCUGGUGUGUGGAGAUGAGAUCCAAAAUGGCAUUGCUGUGUGGCAUUAAUGACUGGACUGGACUGGACUACACUGGAGUGGACUUUGAUACAUGUUAUAUUUGUUAUUUAUGCAAUAUAUGUAUGUAUAUAUAUUUGUGUGUGUGUUAUUUAUGGUACUUAAAACAUAUUCAAAUUCAAUGUUC